GAUUUAGACAAAAUGAUUCGGGCACUCAGCUCUUCUAGUUCAACAGUCCUGAGACGAACUGAUUUUCGUCUACAGGCUUUUCGUCUUCUUCAUGGACCCCAGAGAGUUGACGAAUAUUCCGAAACAGCCAUGUAUCCGCCAAUAUCUAGAUAUCGGACAGACGAUGAAAAAUCGGCGGCCAAAGCAAGGGACUUGGUUCGUGAAUGCGAUACAGUAGAGGAAAAAAUGUAUCAAAUAAACCGGCCGAAAUAUUAUGGAUGGUGGUCUUACAUAAUGCAACCAGAUAAGAUUCCAGCAGACCUGUUAGAUUUUACUAAGUUUUCAACCUGGACACAUGUAGAGCAGGGGUUACCGGAAUACUUUCAUAAUCAAGUUCUAGAUACUCAAGCUAAAUCCAUUCUUGCCGAGGUUGCCCCUUUGAUAGAAAUGGUAGUGCGUGACGAAUCUCAGUUUCGAGAAAUCGGGAAAUAUGUUACAAAUGACAAAAUACGUUUUAGUGAAAAGUUUGCGAAUACGGCGGAUUCUUGGGCUGCUUACACAAAAGAAAAUAUUUUUUCGCGAAAUCUUGUGAAGAAAAUCCACGAGGUUUUGUACUCCCAUCUUUCUUCUAGUCAUCCUCAUAUUCGAGACUCAGUUGAGGAUUACGAUGCUCGGAACGAGGCUUUCUGGUUUCGAGGAGGAAUUCAACCUGAUAAAUCUAUGCUCAAGAAACGAGAGGGAACAAAGAAAAUGCUGGAUAAACAUAGGGCUAGGGUAUCCUAUCAAGUUAAAGAGUUUGGCGAUGAAAAAGUAAAAGAACCUUAUGAGAGGGCUCUUCAGAUCAAACAUAAUUCAGUUGUCCAAGUCCGACAUGAGAAUCCUUUAUCUGAGUUUGUUUCCCGGGAUUCCGCACUCUGUACUAAUAUUUCUGUUCCCAUUGUAGACUACGAUCCUAGAUGCUACGGUCUGAGAACGGUAUGUCAGCAUGGAACUAAUAUACCUGGAUACUGGCCGGAGGAACCAAACCAGAUGGGACUUUUCUCAUACCAUACCAGGGUAAAUGUUUUCAAUCAUAAAUCUCUUGGUGGACACAAAGUUAUAACUGAGGAGGUAGAAAGAGAACAGGAUAUAAGCAAAGGUAUUCUUACAAACUUUGCCUGGUGUCUUCCACAAGCCUGUUACUUAGGAUUCUCCCCGUUGACUGAUCUCACGUUUCCCCUAGUUUCCCAAUCCAUGAAUACAGAUGGAAGGAAGUGGUCCUACUUUGCAUACCAGAUGAACACGUGUGAUCUAUCUCACAACAAUAUGUCUGAUCACACUCAUCAGAACAUUCUGUGGUCAGCUGACCCUGUUCUUCUUUACGAUAAGGUUGAAGACGGUAAAGUAUUCAAUUACAAUCCUGAUUCUCUACUUCCCCUAAUCAAGAUGUUUCUAAACAAACCCAGGAGUAGAGAGUACAGUAUGACCCCGUAUCUGGGUAAGAUAGGAAAGCUUGUGAACCAUCCGGAUAAUUAUCAGAGGAAACGGUUUAUGGAGAUUAUCAGAAACCAAUUCUCAAAUAGGUAUAUUGCGAAGGGUAUGCGCGAGCCCUGGACCCGAAAAGGAGAGUUGAACAGACGAUACAACAAGUUCCAGCCAAAGAUUGCUUUCCCUCUUAAGGAGAAGCUUGCAGUUUACGAAGUUCCUGAGUCCAAGUACAAGGGAGAGAAGGACGAUGCUUAGAACAACUAAAACUCGUCUAAAAUUAAUCUUCUCAAGUCCUCGAAAGGAUUUUUGAAGAAUUCAUUUCUGAAAAUCCAGAAUAAAUGAAAAGUUGAUUAUUUGUUUCAGA